UACACCACCAUUAGUCCUUCUUUCGUUUUGUUGUCUCAUCUUUCGUUCCUUUUCGUUGGCAACCAAACACAACUUAACUUGUUAUGUGUGUCUUUAUGUUAGUUUGUAACUACUAGAAAGUCUUUUUGGUUCUUUCUUCUGUUUUAGUGGAUUCUACUUCCACAGCUUGUCUUGGCUACUAGUAUGUGUUGGAGGUUAUUUUGGGGCUUUUUGUUGAUGGUAAUGUAGCUGCUUUCUUGAUUCCUUUUUUCUUUUCUUUCUCUCUUUUCUAAAGGGCUCUUUAAGCUGUUGAAGUGGAGCAGAAAGAUCUGUUCUUGAGCAAAAAUGUUUGGUUUCUCUAAAAGACGCAUGAAACUUGGCAGGGUCAAGAAGGUGCAACUCUCUGAUUCUUCACCAGGGAUUAGGAGUCCUAUUAGACCCCCAAAGCGAAUUAUUAGUAAUAAUAAUGCUAAUUAGCUCGACAGCAGGGAAUAAUGCUGAGAACUGGAUGGUGUUGUCUAUUUCCGGGGAUAAACCUAACCCUCGUUUCAAUCAUGCAGCAACCGUCAUUGGGAAUAAGAUGAUAGUGGUUGGUGGAGAAUCUGGAAGUGGAUUGUUAGAUGAUGUACAGGUGCUUAAAUUUGACCAAUUCACCUGGACUUCAAUUUCAUCAAAGCUUUACUUGUCACCCAGCAGUUUGCCAUUGAAGAUCCCUGCUUGCAGAGGCCACUGUCUGGUUUCUUGGGGGAAGAAGGCACUUCUUAUUGGAGGAAAAACUGAUCCAGCAAGUGACCGAAUUUCUGUGUGGGCAUUUGACACAGAAACUGAGUGUUGGUCACUUGUUGAAGCAAAGGGAGAUAUACCGAUUGCCCGCAAUGGUCACACAGUGGUCCGAGCAAGCUCAGUUUUAAUUUUAUUUGGGGGUGAAGAUGCUAAAAGGAAAAAACUAAAUGAUCUGCACAUGUUUGAUCUCAAGUCUUUCACGUGGCUCCCUCUGCAUUGCACAGGAACUGGACCAUCUCCGAGAUCCAACCAUGUAGCAGCUCUCUAUGAUGAUAAAAAUCUACUUAUAUUUGGAGGAACUUCCAAGUCCCGGACUCUGAAUGACUUAUAUUCACUUGAUUUUGAGACGAUGGUAUGGUCGAGAACAAAGAUACGGGGCUUCCAUCCAUCACCAAGGGCUGGGUGUUGUGGAGUUUUAUGUGGAACUAAAUGGUACAUAGCAGGAGGAGGAAGUAGGAAAAAACGGCACUCAGAAACUUUGAUUUAUGAUAUAUUGAAAAUGGAGUGGUCCGUGGCAUUUGCAUCACCCCCAUCUUCUAUCACCACGAACAAGGGUUUCAGCCUGGUACUUGUGCAGCACAAGGAAAAGGAUUUCCUUGUUGCUUUUGGUGGGAGUAAAAAGGAGCCAUCAAAUCAGGUUGAAGUAAUGGGCAUUGAGAAGAAUGAAUCAUCCACAGGUCGUCAUUCUGCUCUUAGUAAAGGCCCUGGUCGUUUGCUGUUUGAAAAGCGCUCAUCAUCUACAGUGUUGGCUGCUCAACUUGGUACCGGUUCUUCUCAGCGUUCAGCUGAUUCUGUUGCAAGACAGAAUCUGGCAUCUGCAAUUGAACAACAUGGUUCUGGUAGGAAAUCUUUGUCAGAUUCCUUGCUUGUUGAUCCAAAUUCUGCUUCCAGAAAUGUCUCCCAUCGCAAGGAAUUUCACCACGAGGAAGAAAACCGAAUAGCUGCUAAGACAGCAAGGAACUUAGAAGAUGAUAAUUCUUCAUCGCCGGCUGCUGAACACCGAAGUAAUCAUUCUGAUAUAUCGAUCCAGCCUAACAAUCCAGUUAGUAAAAUUAAUGCAGAGAUGUCUAGCAUAUUUGAAAUGGAAACUCCUAACUCCCACAACCAAGGAAUUGGAAACGUUUCAGUAGAUAACGAGGAUGUAGUAUCGCCGGAGAGUGAUUGUACAACAGGAGGGGCUCGUGCAAGUAUUUAUCAAUUGUACGAAACAAAAAUAGCUGCUCUAAUAAGAAAGAAUGGUAUACUUGAAGGACAACUGGCAGCUGCAUUGGCAGGUCGAGAAGCAGCAGAGAAAAACCUAUCCUCCAUUCUGAAGAGCAGACAAGAGAUGGAGAAAAAGCUGGUAGACUCAGUGAGAGAGAUGGAGUUGUUGAAAGAAAAGCUGGCUGGUGUUGAGCUAGCUCAAGAAGAGGCCAACAGCUUGUCGAAUAUUGUCCAUUCUGACAAUGUAAGGCUUGAACAUGACGUGGCUUUCCUGAAGGCUGUUUUGGAUGAUACUCAGAAGGAGCUACACUCAACUAGGGGAGUCCUUGCAGGAGAAAGGGCAAGAGCAUUCCAACUACAGGUUGAAGUUUUUCAUCUGAAACAAAGAUUGCAAUCUAUGGAAAACCGAACAUCUACCCCAAGAAAGCCAUUCCGUGUGCAGUGAGCAAAAUAGUUGUUUAAGGCAGAGGGCAUACCACGCGAGAACCAACUGGAUAGCUGCCAUUGAGCUCGUCAACCUCAACCAAAACAGCUUACCUCCUAUACUAGCCUGCCUGUUUGCUGUUGUGCAUGGGAUGGAGAAAAUGUAAAUAUAUUAAGAAGAGUUUACAACCAUGCUUGUUCAUUGCUCAAUAAUUCUCAGGCUUCUGGAGAAAAUGCAGGCUGGUGUCUAGAAUAUAUUACAUGUACAAUAGCUCUUUUGAAGGUGCAGGUGUGAACUUCAAAUCUUGCUGUUUUGGGUCUAGGAAAUUAAUCUUGAACCAAUAAAAGAUGGUCAUUUGAAGAGGUUAUGCCUUGAUUUGACCACCUAAAAGAUGUUUGUCGUUGAACCUGGAAUUACCCUGAUUUUUCACGAAUGAAGAAACUUGUAUCACAAA